GUGCACGCUUGAUGAUAUAACCAAGCUGAUAUAACCUUACCUUUUACCACCAACCUAAUCUUACUCGCACAGAUCAACACAGUUCAGGGUGCACCAUGCCAGAGGGUCCGGAGCUGCACCUGGCCAGCCUGUUUGUGAACAGGGUGUGUAAUGGCGUUGUGUUCACCGGCGCCGUGGAGAAAUCCGAGGUCAGCAAAAGCCCUGACGUGCCCUUCACCUGCGAUGCGUACCGAGUAAGCGCCACCUCUAGAGGCAAGGAGGUGCGCCUUACCCUCACGCCCAUCAAGACCAACAGCGACGACAAGCCGCCCAAAAGGGCUGGGGCCAAGGCAGAGCAAAACCAGGAGCCCAUGGACGUCGUGAUCCGCUUCGGGAUGUCUGGAUUCUUCCGUUUCACUCCUGAGAACGAGCUCCCAAAGCAUGCCCAUCUCCGGUUCUACACGUGCGAGGAACCUCGCCGGGUGCUGAGCUUUGUGGAUACACGCAGAUUUGGAAGCUGGCAACCGAACGGCACCUGGCAACCCGACCGGGGUCCAUGUAUCAUGUUUGAGUAUGAGAGCUUCAGGGAAAACGUUUUAUCCAACCUUGCGGACAAGGCCUUCGACAGACCCAUUUGUGAAGUGAUGCUGAACCAGAAGUACUUCAGUGGAAUCGGCAACUAUCUCCGAGCAGAGAUACUUUACAGACUGAACAUCCCACCGUUCACAAAGGCAAGGAAUGUUCUGGAAGCUCUCAAGUCACAGAAGGAGGAUGAUGAAAAGACGGCGGUCAAGGGGGAGUUGGAAGCCAGGUCGGGGAAGAAGGGAGUGACCGACAGUGCUCCUGACCUUCAGACAGACGGUGAUCCUGACCUUCUCAGUCUGUGUCACACCGUUCCCCUGGAAGUUGUGAAAAUGGGAGGUAAAGGCUAUGAUCCGGAGAAGGCCGAUUAUUCGGCCUUUAAAGCCUGGCUGCAGUGUUACUAUGUAGACGGCAUGCAGUCCAUAAGAGACCAUAAUGGCAGAACCAUGUGGUUCACGGGAGAUCCUGGCCCCUUGGCUCCAAAAGUUACAAAAUCCCCUAAAGCCAAGAAGCGGUUGAAGAAAGAGGACCACGACUACACAGACACAAAAAAGGGAGCCAAAAAGAAACACACUGAGACCAGCACAAAAGAGAGCAAAGUGUCAAAGGCAGCGAACGGCACAAAGACACCCACGGUGCAGAAAAGGGUUUCUCGGAGACGGAGCAUUACGAAGGCGCCCAAAAGUACGCAGGAGGAGCAAGUCAAUCACUCCAAAGAAAAUGCCAAACCGAAAGGGCGCAGAAAGAGCAGCACAAGCGUGGCUCAGAGCCAGGCUAGCAGAGCCAAGAGGACCAGGGGCUCCAAGAGCACCCCAGAGGAGCCAAGCACUCCCCAGAUCAAUAACACAGGAAUGAGGAGGAGGAAGAGCAGCUCAGCUACUGAACCACAGAGGAGAGGCUGUAGAGCAACCAGGGGGAGUGUGAGACAGAGCACCUGACAACACAAGAGUAAGAGAGACGAGGGGACCAGAUCAACUCCACACACACACACACACACACAUUCCCCACACCUCUGUCUUUUUACUUGAUUUUUAAACUGGGAAACGGGUUUUGCUACUGGGAAAGGAAAAAUGAAUGUCACUUCUGUUUGUUUUUACGGUAUUUUUUUUGCUUGUAACAAUUUUUGAUUGUAAAAGAAAAAUAAAUAUGUACUUAACACUGAAUAUCUGAAA